UUUGCUUGUCAUUAGGAAAGCGUUAUUCAAUUUUUAGUCGAUUUCUGUACGCACAGCGAGCAGGCAAUGUGCGUCAACAUAGUAAUUGCCUCACUGGCCAUCGCUGUGACCCUAUGCCUAGUGGAGGCACAAAAACUCUACACACCCGCUCAACUGCAGCAGCAACAACGCAACGAUGAUUUCGAGCAGCCUCCGAAGCGUGUCCCAGAAUUCGAACUGGAAGUGAGACUAAAUACAAUGCCUAUAAAUUCUGAAGAUCGACAACCAAUUGUGUUGGUCAAUUUGAAUCGUGUUGAGCAUGAAGAUAGAAUAAUAUUCACAAGCCAAGAAGAAGAACAGCAGAAUGAAAAUCUUAGACAAGAGUUCAAUGAACGUGAACGUGUGCGCGACAACAAUCGAGAGUUUGUUAACAUGCCCGAGCGUGUAAUUGAAUUCAAUCAAGAACGUGAACCAUAUCGUAGAGACCAAGAGAGAGGUCCGCCACCCAGGCAAGAAUUCAUAGCUGACAUAGAAAGCAGACCCGAUCGCAAUAGCGGAUUCAACCGCGCCCCAGAUCGCGACAACGAUCGAGAGUUUGUUAGCGAAUCCGAGCGUGUAAGGGAAUUCCAUAGGGAGCAAGAACGUGAACCUUAUCGUAGCGACCAAGAGAAAGAUGCCUCUACUAGGGAAGAAUUCAGUGCAAAGCCCGAAAGGAAACCUGAUCGCAACAGCGGGUUUAAUCGCGCCACAGAACAGAGUGUUCAUCGCAAUAAUAUAUUUAAGCAAGAAGUUGACGUAGAGCGGAAACCGCAACGCAUUAUUCCACAAGGGCAAGAAGAGAAAAGUCAUCGCCUCUGUGAAAGAAAAUAUAAUGAAUAUAUUGCACGCAUCUUUCGCAAUGAUGAGGAAAUAACAGCAGAUGCAAAUGAUUCAGAAUUUGAUGGUCGUGUAUUGGCAUCACCUGGAGAAUACCCGCACAUGACAGCGCUGGGCUUUGAGAGAGAAGACAAAACAUAUGAUUACAAAUGCGGAGGCAGUUUGAUAAGCGAAAAUUUCGUUAUUACAGCGGCACACUGUACCAAUAUAACGGGGGAAGUACCUACAAUAGCACGAAUUGGUGAUAUAAAUCUUAUGGUAGAUGAAAAACAUUUGGCGCCGCAAAUAUUUCCCAUACGAAGAAUAUACACACAUCCACAAUAUGACGGUGUUACUAAUUACAAUGACAUAGCGUUGUUGCAGCUGAAUACGAGCGUUGAAUUUACUGAGUUUGUUCGCCCAAUAAAACUUUGGACACAACCUAAAUUACCCCUCAUUACCGCCUUUGCCAUGGGCUAUGGCGCCACCUCAUUUGCGCGUGCGCCAACUCAACAACUCACCGACUUCAAUAUGACUCUUAUAGCGAAUGAUGAAUGCAAUCAGCUUUUGCCACAAUUGGAUGAGGUGCCGCGUGGCAUAAUUUCAAGUCAAAUUUGUGCUGAAGAUUUUGUAAUGCAUCGCGAUACUUGUCAGGGUGAUUCCGGCGGCCCGUUGCAGUACAACAUUAGAGGUAAACGACGCAGAAAUCGAGUGCAUUAUCACUUAAUUGGCACCACCUCGUUUGGGCUACUAUGCCGCAGUCCAAAUCCGGGUGUUUAUACGCGCAUAUUUUCCUACCUUGAUUGGAUUGAGCGCACGGUCUGGAAUUCGUCUUAAAGCUCAAUGGGUUUAGACAUAGUUUACGUAACUUAACUUAAUUUAAUAUUUUGGCCAACCUGUUAUAUGUGAAAAUGU